AUGGAUACGAAUGACUUCGUCCUGAGGAGAAUUCCAGCACAGGCCAGGCCUGCGACUGUGCUUAUUGGCGGCCUGUUCUCUAUGCUCAGCUAUGGAGUGGUCUACACUUUCGGCAAUCUUCUACCGUACAUGGUGUCGUAUUUUCGAUGGAAGGUGGAUCCAACCAUGGGAUUCGGUCGGCUGAUCUGGCUACAGACUCUGAUGAGUGGCAUUCCGUUUGCGAUGUUGAUGGGAGGUGUUCUGGAACGAAAAAUCGGCGGAAAACGAACUGCUAUUCUAGGAUCUGUGAUAUACACAUCUGGCAUAGCUAUCACAUUUUUCUCAAUCCAACACUCUUUGGCCGCUGUUCUGCUCACAAUGGGGAUCUUUGCGAGUGUAGGUGCAAGCAUUGCCUAUAACGGGAUUCUGACCACCGCUCAGCGGUGGUUUCCAGACAACGUCGGACUGGCUGGUGGUAUGAUUGUGGCUGGUUACGGUUGUGGUGCUUUUGUACUUUCGCCAUUACAAACAGCUUUCAUCAAUCCGUUAGAUUAUCGAGUGAAUAUUGAUGGAUUUUUCACGCAAGUGGAUCUCUUGGAGAGGGUACCACAAGUAUUCAUCGUAAUGGCGAUUUUGUUCGGUCUACUUCAGCUCUUCGGUCUACCUUUUGUUGGACAACCAGUAGAGGAGCUUGACGUUGAGACUGAACCGCUUAUUAUGGAAAAUACAGAGAAGUCAGCUGCAACACAACUGAAAUCGGCUACAUUUGUGCUGUUGUUCGUUUCGUUGACUUGCAAUGCACUUUGGGUUCAGCUAAUUAGUGGUUUAUACAAGGCUUACGGUCAACAGUUCAUCCACAGUGAUCUAUUCCUAUCGUUAGUAGGUUCACUUGCAUCGGUUUGCAAUGCUUGCAGCAGAGUGAUAUGGGGAGUUGUGGCCGAUAACACCUCGUUCCAGUUUUCUAUGUCGAUCGUCUGUACGCUUGGUGCAUCCCUUGUAUGGUUGCUGCCAAGCGUUCGACUGUUAGGCAACGAUGUUGUAUUUCUUGCUGCGAUAUGCGGAAUUUUCACAUGUGUGGGUGGAACGUACUCACUUUUCCCGUAUAUUACCCAUAAACGCUUUGGGAGUACCAAUUUCGGCGUUCUAUAUGGUUUCCUGCAAUGUGCUCUGUCGGUAGCUGGAGUGAUAGCAGCAAUUUUAUCGCAGUUCGUCUUGCCAAUUCUUGGAUUUGAUGUGCUCUUCCUAAUUAUGGGUUGCUUUAUGGCGUUCUCUCUUCUGCUAACUUCAGUCGUUCACUGUACGGUACCGAAGGAGAUUCAGAUAAACUCGGAGAACGCUUAUGAAGAAGAAUAA